GGGUAAAUGGUUUCAGGGGUUCUGAAUAAAUCAGGCGAGGUAAGGGUGGUGAGGCUUAAACCGAGGCGGCGACAGACGGCAGGACUGUCAGUACACUGUGCGGAGGGGGAGACCAAGGGGUCAGAGCGGAGCCCCAGUCCCGGGGUGGCAGGUGGGGCAUGGAUGCUGCAGUCCCUGGAGGAGCAGGAAGGCGUGCGUGGGGAGGCCAUCCUCCUGUACGGGGAUGUCAUCCACAGCGGUGGCAAGAAGUUUCGGCAGCAGCUCAAGAACCACGCCUUCCAGGCCCUGGUGCCGCUGCUCCUCCACCUGGCCGACUCCUGCCCCGACGUGGUCAUGAAGACAAAGUUCACCUUCCUGCGUUGCGCCCUUCUGCUGAAGUGGGAGUUUCGGAAGGAGCUGUUUGGCAAGUUGGCCUGGGGCCGUGGCCUGGGGGCCGAAAAUGACAUUUUUAUCUACAUGGUGGAGAGCAACUUUGGCAGCUACCACCAGUUUCUCAUGCAGGCGCUGGUGUACCUGAGCAGCCCCAACAGGUGCCUGAAGGUCACGGCCAUGAAGUUCAUCGGGGGGAUCCUGCAGGACUACUUCACCGACCUCUGCUUCCACCUGAAGAGGGGUGACGUGAAGACCCUCAGGAAGUGUGAGCAGGGCUGCCUGAGCCGGGAACAGGGCCGGGACCCCCGACACCCCGCCUGGGCUCCGGGCACAGGGCCGGGACCCCCGACACCCCACCUGGGCUCCGGGCACAGGGCCAUGACCCCCACACACCCCGCCUGGGCUCCGGGCACAGGGCCGGGACCCCCGACACCCCGCCUGGGCUCCGGGCACAGGGCCGGGACCCCCACACAUCCUUCAGCCGGAGCCCCCGGCAGGGCUCCCGGGGCAUGCCCGUUCCCCGCAGGCCUGCCCUCAGCACCACAGCAGGCUCUGUAGCGGCCCGAGCGGCUGUGCAGUCGGGCCCGUGGUCUCUGCCACAGACUUCGAGAUGGUCAAGCAGGACCCGGACUCCACGAGCCGAAAAUUCUACAAGAGCUUCGUGGAAGACAUGGUUGAGCUGUCCCAGUUCGUGC